CAAAAGAAAAAGUAUCUGAGAAGAGUUUCUUUUGAUCGGACGCGAUGUCAGCUGAGUCCAGCUGCGUGCGCGAGUUACUCAUUUCAUUUGUUUGGUUGGUUUUGUCCUAUCAUGGAUCUUAUUGUUGGCAUGUAGACACAUUUUUUUAUGCAGCACGCGAGCGGAGUCUCUGAGUGCGGGCGUCUGAUUGGGUGUCUGAGAGCAACAGUCAUCGGGUUCAAUUGAAGGUGCAGUGAGGACAGUUUUCAGUUUCGAUUUAUACCCAAGUCGUGUUGUAUUGUACAUUGUGGUCGUCGCAUUUUUCGUGCUGUGCCAAAUUAAAUGUUUAUCGACAAUAGUUAAAAUCAAAGUUAUUAAGUCAACGAAAAUUCUAUCAAAAUCGAAAGUUUUCAGCCUUUGCUGACACAUAAAAAAAUAUAAUCCCCCAAGUGUAUUUACUACAAUAAAGUUGUAUUUCAAAAGUGUCACACACACUUAUGUACAUAUGUAGGUACAUAUGUAAAUGUGCGUGAGUAGUUCUUAUGCUAAAUUUGCAACUAAUCGUGGGGUGCAACACACGGGUGCAUAUGCACACACAUAUGUUCAUAUGAAUGGGAGAGUGUACAUAUACAUAUGUGUAUAUGCCUAUACCUAAAAAUUGUAUGUUAAUUUUUGUGCGUUAUCAGCUCACAAUGACGACCUAAAUAUCAGCUAUUUGCUCGAGUGCAUUAGAAUGUGAAUGUGAACUGAAUUGGAAGAAUGUUUAUAAAGCAAGCUCUUUAGUGUGUUGGAGGCACGCUAAGCGAAAAUAUAAACAAAGAAUACGAAUAUAAAUCGAAAUAAAAGAAAUACAAUACAUAUAAAAGCAACGCGUUUGUGGUUAAUCCUUACGUUUGGGCCCCUUCAUUUCUCUGGUUUCCGGUGUACAACAGUGCGCAUGUCUUAACUCUUUGGUGUCACAGUGGCAACCGGCUAAAAUUUGCAGUUCAUAAUAAAAGCCAAAUGUCGAAAAUAACAAGUUUUUGCGUAGGAAGCUAAAAAGUGGAAAGUGUUUACAUACAAACUGUGUAUGUAUGUAUAUAUUUCAUUUAAUUAGUCUUACACAGUGUGCAUAGUCUUAGAAUCGACCCAAAGUUUGGGAUAGUUCAAAAUACGCGGAAUAAAAUUUUAAUUGCGUCCACUGUGGCAAGAAAUAGUCAGUAGCAUAUUUAAAAUAAGUUCUUGAGUGAAUGAGAAGUGUCUUAAUGCGACGGGAAAUUAUUGUUUCCUUUGUUUGAAUAGCUUCAGUUAUAAACGACAAGUAAAUGCAUUUGGUUCGCGCGGAAAGGCUACAGUUCGACGUUUAUUUUAAAAACCGCCACCGAUUCUUUCAACUAGAUGUGCGAUUGUAAGAUUUAACACAAUUAUACACAAAUAUACAUUAUAUACAUACAUAUGUCUCAAGAAUUCCAAAGUCAAGAGGACACCGAAGCCAAAAAUCAGUGUGUUAUUAAAUUCGAUGCAAGCUCUCUUAUCGGUGCGAAUGUCGGUAAAUUCUGUCAAGGCGUUAACAAAAACAAUGUUUCAAAAUAUGCUCAGUACCAUGCCUUCCAUAAUCGCAUUGUCAUUAAUCAUUGCUGAGCUUUUCGCGUCGGUGGAUGGUGUAUCACGACGUCAUCAUCAUAGCAGUAAUGACAAAUCAGCUGUUUCCGAGGAUACUGUGUACAAUUACUUGAUGGAGUUUGAUUAUCUGCCUAAGUCGGACAUCGAAACAGGAGCUUUGCGGACCGAAGAGCAACUGAAGGAUGCCAUACGGAACCUACAGCGCUUUGGCAACAUUCCGGCCACCGGCGAAAUAGACGAGGCCACACGAAAACUGAUACAACUACCUCGCUGCGGAGUGGGCGACAGUAAUCGUACUGCCAAUUUCUCGCCCGAUAAUCUGCAGUAUGGGUACCAUCGCAUGAAGCGGUAUGUGUUGCAGGGACCCAAAUGGGACAAAACGGAUUUAACUUGGAGUUUGGUAAAUUGGACAAUGGAUGACUCUCCACAAGUAAGAAGAGUACUCACGGAGGCGCUCAAUGUGUGGGCUCGCAGCUCUAAGUUGACUUUUCGCGAAGUGCUGAGCGAUCAAGCCGAUAUUCAAGUUUUGUUUGCCAGGGGCGACCACGGCGAUGGCUACAAAUUCGAUGGACCUGGCAUGGUGCUUGCUCACGCUUUCUACCCAGGCGUGGGGCGUGGUGGCGAUGCACAUUUCGAUGCCGAUGAGAAAUGGCAAUUUAGCAGCGGGGAAAGGGGAGAUACAACAAAUUUUCUCGGCGUGGCAGUUCAUGAGUUUGGACAUUCUUUGGGCCUAGGACAUUCUUCUGACAAAAAUGCCAUUAUGUACCCAUGGUACCACGAUAAUGAUGUAGACAUUAAUCUACCCGAUGAUGAUCGUUAUGCCAUUCAACAAUUGUACGGCGCUAAGGAAAAGACCUGGGGUCCAUUUAAACCACAACCACGCCCACAAACUACACCCACCACAACAACCACAACGCGGCGUCCUCUCGUUUACUACCCACAAUAUCCACAACAGCCACAAUACCCAUCCUACGAUCCCUACUAUCCACGGCGGCAGUAUCCCUAUAAUCCACAUCAUCGCAAUCGUGAGCCAGCAACCACCAGUACCACUACCACCACGUACAGACCACGUACCGACUCGCCGCCACGGCCAACUAAAAAUUGGUCGCAGCGUCGUCACCCAACGAAGCCUAAAAAAUUAAAGCCAGACACGUGUCAAACCAGUUAUGAUGCCAUUUCCAUCAUUCGACGCGAAAUAUUCAUAUUUCGUGGACAGUUUCUUUGGCGCAUUGGAGAUCGUGGUCUUUAUGAAGGCUUUCCAACCGAAACUCGUCGCUUGUGGACCCAAUUGCCCGAAAACUACACCAAAAUCGACGCCGUGUAUGAGAAUCAAGAUCGAAAAAUUGUAUUCUUUAUAGGCCGCUAUUACUAUGUCUUCGAUUCAGUGACGCUAGUACGGGGCUACCCGCAACCUCUCACUUCUUUAGGUCUGCCGCCGUCAUUGACCCACAUAGAUGCCGCAUUCGUUUGGGGCCAUAACAACCGCACCUACUUUACAAGUGGCACCUUAUAUUGGCGAUUAGAUGACGAAACCGGAAGAGUUGAACUGGACUACCCGCGAGAUAUGUCCAUAUGGCGCGGAGUAGGUUACAACAUAGACGCUGCAUUCCAGUAUAGCAAUCGUAAGACAUACUUUUUCAAAGGCUACGGUUACUGGGAAUUCAACGACGAUGUAAUGGAGGUAGCGCAUCCACGUCCAAAACUCAGUGCACGCAAGUGGAUGAAUUGUCAGCGGCGAGUCAACGAAGUCGAUGAGGAACAAACUUGGACGGCACCCCUCAUCUCUGAACGAAACGAUACAAUAAAUCCAGCUUUAACCGGCGGUAUCAGCGGUAUUCGGAAUCACGCCGGGCGGUGGGCUUUCUUAUGGAAUGUGCUACUACCCGCAAUUUGUUGGUGGUGGUCAGCUUUGGCGACGAUAGACUGAUUGAGAAUGCCAUCAUCUCGUUUGAUAGAAUAAUGAAUCCUCAUGUUUUCACAAAAUGUCUAAUAUGUGACAUUCGGUUUAAAAACCUUACAUAUUUAGGCUUAAUUUCGAAUUCAUAAACGUAUGCAAUAAUAAUAAUUCGUAUUAAAACACAUA